AUGUCUCAAUUCACAGAGCAAGAGUUCUUCGGCGGAGCCAUUCGAGGCGUUGUGCCACAAGGCUGGAUUGAUGCGAGGUUAGUAUACAACCCUCCUAUGCAUGAAUUUCCCAUUUUAUUCCGUCAAUCCAAUCCCCAUCCAAUCCCAGAGCAUCCCAAUCAAAAAGGAACCCAACUAACACCUAACCCCAGUACUCUCCGCGAGGUCCCCGACCACCAAGAGCUCUGGCUCUCACCGACCACUCUCUCCAAUCUAAUCAUCGAAAUCAACCAGCGCGUCCCCCAAGCCGAAGCUCUAAGCACCUUCGCCGCGCUCGACCACCAGCAACCAACCACCGCCCCAGGCAGCGGCAGCGCAGCGUCCGCAACGGCAGAAACAGUCGACCAAGCCGCUGCCCUGUAUCACCUGCACGAUCUCUGCGACGAAGGCGACACCAUGCAGGUGAUCACGUCGCCCACGCGCGUCGAAGUCCAGCUUACUUCUUCUUUGCCGUCCCCUUCCGCUAUCAAGGCAUAUCGCGGCGUUGUCUCCUUCACGACGCCGGCGCGCGGUGGCGGUGGCCGUGUCCCUGUCUCUGGUGAUGGGUCGGCUGCUGGUGUUUCGGAUUCCGGGGUGCUGGGUGCGCAGAUGAAUGGGGUUUCUAGUGGCUUGCCGCAGGUUUCCAGGUUGACGUGUCAUUUCUUGCUUGUUAGACUUGAGGCGCAGGAGACGGAUUUGUUGGUCUUCUUUAAUGUGCCUCAUGAGGAGUUUGAUAAGAGUGGGGAUCCUAGGGGUUUGUCGCGUGAAGAGAUUGUUGCUGAGGAGACUAUUGAGGCUUCGAUUGGGAGAUUGCAGAUUUGUGAUUGGGGUCUCUUUGUUUAG